GGCCAUACUUUGUCUAUGUCAGGUUUAGCUCCUUCAAGCUCUUGGUACGAUUAUUGCACUGAUAAUAUUCCUAAUUACCAAACGGUGCCGUUUCGACCUUCACAUAAGAGUUCUUCUAUGGACAAUACGGUGCUGUCUCAAGUAAAUCCCUCUUUACCUCCUUUUCAAUUGCCAUUCUCCACAACUAGGGUUCCCAAUCUGUCUUCAUCUCCUGCGCAUACCCCUUCUUUGUCUAAUUCACAGUCGGCCCAAUCUUCGAAUUCUCUAGUGUCUUCCCCUUCCUCUUCUUUUGCUGCUGAAGAUAAUCAGUCACCGUCCAUUUCUCAAUCUGUCCAAUCUCGAGAAUCUCACGAUUCUCAAGUGUCUUCUUCUUUGUCUUCUACUGAGGUGUCUAGUUCUCAAUCGAGUUCAUUAAUGUCUGAGUCUGGUUCCUCUACUCUUCCGAUUCGAACACAUCCUAUGACUACAAGAUCUCAAAACAAUAUUUUUAAACCAAAGAUUCUUCAUUCAGUAACGAAACAUCCUCUUUCUGAAUCUGAGGAGCCAACACGAGUUUCAUUGGCACUUAAAAUACCAGUUUGGCAUCAGGCUAUGUCUCCCUUUUACCAACUUCAAAUGUCUUUCACAAACUUCGGCAGAAGCCUACUUAUGUAGAAUUUUUCCUAAGGUUUAUAUGUUGUGUGAA